CACAAAGUCCAUGACCCUUGCUAUUAACUAGCUAUUAGCUAAAGCAAAAACAACUACUCGAUUAGAAAACAAACUGUCAGGGAAAUGGGAUCUCUGAGGUGUUAUUUCUUUUCUUUGCAACUUUGUGUUCUACUAUUGCUCAAUGGUACCCACUACAGUUUCUCAUUUGUCCAGACAGAGUCUCUUUGCCACGAUGAGGAGCGCUCUGCCUUGUUGCAAUUCAAAUGUCACAAGGAGUCUGGCCAUGUUAUUGGCCUAGACCUCAGCAGCAGUUGUCUUUAUGGUUCCAUAGACUCCAGCAGCAGUCUGUUUCAACUGGUUCACUUGCAGACACUUGACCUCUCGGAUAAUCACUUCAAUUUCUCGGAAAUUCCAUCAAGGUUAGGCCAUGAUCUUGUCAGUUUAAGAUAUCUCAACCUUUCAAUCUCUUCAUUUUCUGGACAAGUUCCUUCAGAAAUUUCAUAUCUAUCCAAGCUGUCGAUCCUCGAUCUAUCUUCCACUUACAAUUUAGUUACUUCCACUAACUUGCUGGCUCUCAACAAGGCCACCUUCAGAAGCCUAAUUCAAAAUUUAACAUUCAUACAACAACUUCAUCUUAGUUCAGUAGAUAUAGUCUCCACCGUGCCUCGUAUCCUGGCGAAUGCAUCUUCACUAAAAUCUCUUCGCUUUGAAAGAUGUAGCUUGUAUGGAAAAUUCCCGGCUGGCAUUUUCCACCUACCAAACUUACAAGUACUUGAUUUAGCCUAUAACCAAGAACUAACCGGUUAUUUUCCUGAGGACCUUAAUAGGACUGGUGCCUUGAUAAUAUUGAAUGUUGGUUCAACAAACUUUUCUGGUCAUCUUCCUGCUUCAAUCGGAGACCUUCGAUCCUUAAAUAUUUUAAACCUCGCUUUCUGUAACUUUUAUCCCCAUGUUCCCUCCUCACUCGGCAACCUCACCCAGCUCAAUUUCCUUAAUCUUUCUUUCUUUUAUGAUCAUAGUUAUAAUUACUUCGACGUUUCAAGAAACAACAAAAUUUCUGAUUCAUGGUCUUGGAUUGGAAAGCUAACCAAACUAUCCUCUUUGGCUCUUGCUUAUACCUACUUUAACGGAGAAUUUCCAUGCCUUAUAGCUAAUUUAACUCAACUUUCAGUACUAAACUUGGGCUACAAUCAAAUAACUGGUCAAAUCCCAUCUUGCCUUACAAAUCUAACGCAACUAACAGCUCUUGUCCUUCGGUUUAACAAUUUGCAAGGACCAAUUCCUAGCUCACUUUUCCAGCUUAAACAUCUGGAAUAUCUUUCCCUUCUGUCAAAUAACUUGAGUGGACUAGUUCAAUUUGAUGAGUUUUCCAAGCUUGAAAAUUUAAGGGUACUUCAAUUGUCGUUCAACAAGUUAUCUGUGCAGUUCUAUACUGGAUUGAGUGUCAUUCCUCCAAAGCUCGAAGUGUUAGGGUUGGGUUCAUGCAACUUAACAGAGUUUCCAGAAUUUUUGAAAUAUAGUAGUGAACUGGUUGAGCUAGAUCUAUCUGACAACAACAUUCAUGGCCAAAUACCAAGAUGGACGUGGAACUCAACUACAGAAAAUCUGUUGUUUCUCAACCUCUCUCACAACUUCAUAACAGGAUUUGACCAAAAUGAUUCACUACUACACAUUCUUCCAUGGCAGAGUCUAUUCCUUUUCGAGCUGAGGUCUAACAGGUUACAAGGAUCACUGCCAAUUCCACCGCCAUCAAUUGGAUUUUAUUCUGUCGCAAACAAUGAUUAUACUGGAGAAAUUCCAUCAUCAUUUUGCAACUUGAGCUAUCUGGGAAUUCUUGAUUUGUCAAACAACAACCUCAGUGGCAUGCUUCCACAAUGUUUUGGGAACUUUAGUGCUCUUGAAAUAUUGAAACUCCAAAACAAUUCUUUCCAUGGUGAUAUUCCUCAAAUGUGUUCUAGUGAAGAUAAUCCAUUGAAAAUGUUGGAUUUAAGUAACAAUCAUAUACAGGGGAAGCUACCAAGAUCAAUGGCAAACUGUAGACAGUUAGAGUUUCUUGAUUUCGGAAACAAUCAGAUCACUGACAUCUUCCCAUCUUGGGCAGGGGCACUUCCAGUAUUGAGGGUUCUCAUUUUGGGGAAUAACAGAUUUCAUGGCAUCAUUGGGAAGCCUGCAACUAACCAUGAUUUCCAAAACUUGUGCAUCAUUGACCUAUCCAACAAUAGUUUUACAAGUUGGUUCCCAUCUGACUACUUGGAGGGCUGGAAUUGCAUGAAAAGAUCUGUUGGUGAAGAUAAGCAAGCAUAUUUCCAAUACACUUACAUUGUCUACUCAUAUGCACUCUACCACUAUGAUUACUCCAUCACAAUUUUUAGCAAAGGUGUUGAGUUGAAGUUUACAAAGACUCCAUAUCUUCUCAGAUCAAUAGAUCUUUCAAGCAAUAGAUUCCAAGGAGGUAUUCCUAGUCAGAUUGGGAAUCUAAGAGGUCUUCAUUUGCUGAAUCUUUCAAACAAUACUCUCACUGGUUUCAUCCCCUUAUCGUUGGGGAACUUGACUGAUCUGGAAUCAUUGGAUCUCUCCCAGAAUCAGCUCUCAGGAAAGAUCCCCAGUAAUCUAGUGCAACUCACUUUCCUUGCAUACUUUAAUGUAUCCCAUAACCAUCUCCGCGGACCUAUCCCACAAGGGCAACAAUUUGCUACAUUCCAAGAGGAUUCGUAUGAAGGAAACUCAGGUUUGUGUGGAGGGCCUUUGCCAGAGAAAUGUGAUGGUUCCGAGAGCUCAGCAACUAAGCCACCUUCAAUGGCUGAAGUAGAUGAAGAUUCUGGUGUUGAAAUUGAACUAGAUUGGUACGUGGUUCUGCCAGGAGUUGUUAGUGGGCUAGUAGUUGGAGUGGUUGCUGGGAACUUUUGGACUGCCAAGCAUGACUGGUUUGUAAAAACAUUUACCAGAAGAAAGCAUGACUGGAAUGUGAUCCGUAUGUAGUUGUUUGGAGAUUGUAUUUAGCCGUUCAAGGUAAUGUUGCUGCUUCAUGUAUCUAGUUGUACGUUUGCUGCUUCAUGUUCUGCUGCGCAUUUUGUCAUUUGUUCUGUUCUGAACCGUGUGCAGACUGAUACAGUGGUAGAAUAAUUUGACACUUUCUUAGAGAAUAAUUCAAAUUGUUAUAACUUUGAGAAGUAAUCAUAUAGAAUAAAUCAACCAAGUGUUGUAGUAUAUAUGAUUCACAUGUACAACAUGAGUCAUAGUAUAAAUGUCUAUAUCAUGUAUACAAUAGGUACUUGAGUGUAUAAUGUAGGUAUAGAGACUUGUGUGACAAGCUUUAUGCCAAAGGGCAACAAGCAUGGCAAGCUGUGAUCAUCACAGCCACCAUGUGGAGUUGCAGCUGUAAAUGUAAUGGUUAUCAUUUUGAGUUUCUCUUAGAGCAUUCACACUAGGUUUGUAUUUCUAUAUAAACCCUCCAUUGUGAGAUGAAUAAACACACAUGAA